AGACUUGCCCCGCGCCCCGCGCCCCGCGACCUCGCCAGAGCUGUUUUGGAACCUGGGGCGCAAGGAGCUUUUCCUUUGUGUUCCAGGCCUGGCCGGCGGCGCGAGAACCACUUCCGGGUCGCGCUGCCGGAAGCAGGAAGUUGUUGGCCCAUCCUCCUGGCCGGGCGGCUGGUGUCCCCGAGGCGGGAGGAGCCCGGGAGGGCGCGGGCCCGCAUGGUUGAACCACUGCUAAGUGAUCAAGCUCAGCCUUCUGAACUUCCCUCCGAGGCAAGCUCCCUUCUGCCAGGCUGGGCCCUCUCUCUGGAGGGACUUCAUUUUGGAAGACAUGGCUCUUGCUGCUAAUGAGAUCAGCAUCUAUGACAAACUUUCAGAGACUGUUGAUUUGGUGAGACAGACAGGCCAUCAGUGUGGAAUGUCCGAGAAGGCAAUCGAAAAAUUUAUCAGACAGCUACUGGAAAAGAAUGAACCUCAGAGGGGACCACCCCAGUACCCUCUCCUUAUAGCCGUGUAUAAGGUCCUCCUAACCCUGGGAUUAAUCUUGUUCACUGCCUACUUUGUAAUUCAGCCUUUUAGCUCAUUAGCACCUGAGCCAGUGCUUUCUGGAGCUCACACCUGGCGCUCACUCAUUCAUCACAUUCGGCUGGUGUCCUUGCCCAUUACCAAGAAGUAUAUGCCAGAGAAUGAGGGCGCUCCUCUGCAAGGAAGAGAGGAGGACAAAUCCUUCCCAGACUUUGACCCUUGGUCACCAUAUAAUUGUGAGCAGAACAAGUCAGAGCCCAUCCCUGCCAACUGCACUGGCUGUGCCCAGAUAUUACCCCUCAAGGUAACGCUCCCAGAAGACACUCCGAAGAAUUUUGAGAGACUCCGUCCUCUGGUGAUCAAGACAGGACAGCCUCUGUUGUCUGCAGAGAUUCAGAGUUUCUCAUGUCAGUACCCUGAAGUCACAGAGGGCUUCACCGAGGGCUUUUUCACCAAGUGGUGGCGCUGCUUUCCUGAGAGGUGGUUCCCAUUUCCUUACCCAUGGAGAAGACCUCUAAACAGAUCACAGAUUUUACAGGAACUUUUCCCUGUUUUUACCCAACUUCCAUUUCCAAAAGACUCCUCCUUAAACAAAUGCUUCCUGAUCCAGCCGGAACCUGUGGUGGGUAGCAAGAUGCAUAAGGUGCACGACCUGUUUACCCUUGGCAGUGGGGAAGCCAUGUUGCAGCUCAUACCUCCCUUCCAGUGCCGAGCACACUGUCAGUCCGUGGCCAUGCCGAUAGAGUCUGGAGAUAUUGGCUAUGCCGAUGCUGCUCACUGGAAGGUCUACAUCGUAGCCAGAGGGGUCCAGCCUUUGGUCAUCUGCGAUGGAACCACUCUCUCGGAACUGUAGGAAACAACUGCUUGGAGACCUGAAACUCAGGCUGAAAAAGAGUGCAGAGCGGGGAAUAAAAACACUGAAACACUUUGCAUGGGUUGGUUGCUUAGUUACCUGCCCUGGAUGCUUUGGCUGUCAGCUGCAUGCUGGAGACGGUGGCUUGGGCCUAGCCGUCUUAUCUGUCUGUAGAUUCCUCAGGAAGGAUGGAAGACUGGCUGCUGGCCGAGACUGCUCUCAUUAUCCUCUCCCAGGCCUUUGGACUCCCAGGUAUUGGAAAUAGGCUGUGGCUCUUUGAUAUGUGUGGACAUGGCUCCUCUACUUGGCAGUGGAGGGCAGCAGUGGGUCCUGAUUCUGUUUGUCCACUCUUCCUUGCCACAUCACCCUGUACUUGGUGGGAAAGCCAUAGCUGACUACUGGUUGACAAGGAAAGUGAAUUUGGAACCCUGGGGACUUGGGGGGUGGGGAGGGACAGAUCAGAUAGCUGGAAUUGCAUGUUUAAAGGUGCCUGCUGGCACCAGGUGUCAUGGUGCACACCUUUAAUCCCACCACUUGGGAGGCAGGUUCAUAUCUUUAUGAGUUCUAGGCUAACCUGGUCUCCAUAGUGAGUCCCUGGUCUGCCAAGUGUUACAUAGUGAGACCCUGUCUCAACACCACUCCACCACCACCACCCACGCCUCCCAGAUCUAGGGCUAUAGCUCAGUGGUAGACACGUGUGAGCCCUGAGUGCAGCCCGCAGCAUCACGAAGAGGAGAAGGACAGUGUACAUCUUACAUAAUGUCCAUGGCGCCUGGAGUUUUUGUAAGGGGUGCUGGAGACUGGGUUACAAUUCAAGUCUUACUAAAUCCUGGUUUCCUCCCACACUGCCAUCAGAUUGUUUUCUCAGAAGUUUGGCCUCCCCUAGCUGGCCAGCGCCCUCUGCUAAGGCAGCAGAGCCUUUGUCAACUGCUGCUGCGCCCCACCCACUUCAGAAGGAAUGAGUUAGGAUAGGCAGCCUGAGGGAGACGGGGCACCUCCCUGAGUUUGAUCUUUAGGCCUGACUUUCUACAGAGAUUCUUGUCAGCAGCCUCAAAGCUGAUGUAAUGUCGAGGGAGGAGCUGCAGAGCUCUGAGAGCUGGAGUGCUUGCUGCAGGGGCUGCAGUUCACUUCAGGGCCCUCCGCCCUGCCUUUUCUGUACCAAGGCAAGGUGAGAUGUUGGUUUAGUUGAGAUGCAGGGGUAUCCUAAAUGGUAUUCUGCUGUGCUUACUGUUCCCCCAAGUGCUUUGGGGGUGUCCUUAUCAAACAGUGCAAAUAAGGAUGGUCUGCCCUCUUGUUUUGUUCUUUUUUAGGGUCUUGCUGUAUAGCUCUGGCUAGCCUCGAACUGGCCUCCAACUCACAGAGAUCUGCCUGUGUCCCCAGUGCUGAAAAUUAAAGGAGUAUACCAUUA